UCUUUCUCUUACACAACUGUGUCUUUUCUUCAUUCUGGCUGCAUCUCCUACCCGGUGUGUGCUGAGGCCACACGUUACUCAUUUUACAUUUUAAAUCACAAAACGACCCGAAAAUGAGUGGGGAUCAUUCCCACAGUGAGGACCAGGUUGACUCAGGAUCGCGUUUUAAUGACUCUCACAAGCAUAAAGACAAGUACAAAGACAAGGAACACAAACAUAAGGACCACAAGAAGGACAAGGAGCGAGAGAAAUCAAAGCAUGGUAACGGUGAUCACAAGGAGUCCUCUGACAAAAAACACCGGGACAAGGAGAAGCUGAAGCACAAAGAUGGCAGCACAGACAAAUACAAGGACAAGCACAAGGAGAAGAGGAAGGAGGAGAAGAUGAAGUCCUUCGAUGGUAAAGUGAAAAAGGAAAAAGAGAAUGGCUUCGCCAGCCCUCCACAUGUGAAGUCUGAGCCUGAAGAGAAUUUUUACCACUCUCCUCAACUUGAGAAGUCUCUGAAAAGAGAACGGGAUGAUGACAAUGAGUCUGAAUUCAAGCCCAAAAAAAUAAAGAUUGAAAAUGACAAGAAGGCCAAGAAAAGGAAACCGAAUGAGGACAUAAAGUCCAAAAAGACAAAAAACAAAAAAGGAGAAGUCGCUGAUGGAAAAAAGAAAGCGAAGAAAGAGCCAGAAGAGAAGUGGAAAUGGUGGGAAGAAGAGAGAUACACAGACGGCUCCAAAUGGAAGUUUCUGGAACACAAAGGUCCUGUGUUUGCUCCUCCUUAUGAACCUCUGCCCAGCAAUGUCAAAUUUUACUAUGAUGGUAAGCACAUGAAGCUCAGUCCAGAAUCAGAAGAGGUGGCAACAUUCUUCGCCAAAAUGCUCGACCACGAGUACACAACGAAGGACAUCUUCCGCAAAAACUUCUUCAAAGAUUGGAAGAAGGAAAUGUCAUCAGAAGAGAAGGCGAAGAUCACAGACCUGAAGAAGUGCAAUUUCACUGAGUUGAGUGACUACUUCAAGGCGCAAUCUGAAGCCAGGAAGGCCAUGACAAAGGAGGACAAACUGAAAAUCAAGGAGGAGAAUGAGCGGAUGCUGCAGGAGUAUGGCUUCUGCAUCAUGGACAACCACAGGGAACGUAUUGCUAACUUUCGCAUUGAGCCCCCAGGCCUAUUCCGGGGCCGUGGAGACCAUCCUAAGAUGGGAAUGCUUAAGCGGCGCAUCAGGCCUAAAGACAUCAUCAUCAACUGCAGCAAGGACUCCAAGCACCCUGAGCCUCCUCCAGGCACUAAGUGGAAAGAGGUUCGUCAUGACAACAAGGUGACUUGGCUGGUGUCGUGGACUGAGAACAUUCAAGGCUCCAUUAAGUACAUCAUGCUGAACCCCAGCUCCCGGAUCAAGGGAGAGAAGGAUUGGCAGAAAUAUGAAACCGCUCGUAGACUGAAGAAAUGUGUUGACCGCAUCAGAACCCAAUAUCGCGAGGACUGGAAGUCUAAGGAGAUGCGGAUCAGACAGCGGGCUGUGGCUCUCUACUUCAUCGACAAGCUCGCUUUGAGAGCGGGUAAUGAGAAGGAGGAAGGAGAGACUGCAGACACUGUGGGCUGCUGCUCUGUAAGAGUCGAACACAUCAAACUCUAUCCAGAAAACGACGGUCAGGAGUUUGUGGUGGAGUUUGACUUCCUUGGUAAAGACUCCAUCCGUUACUACAACAAAGUACCUGUGGAGAAAAGGGUAUUCAAGAAUCUUCAGCUGUUUAUGGAGAACAAGGAGCCUGAUGACGACCUGUUUGACCGCCUGAAUACUUCUGUUCUGAACAAACAUCUUCAGGAGCUGAUGGACGGACUGACUGCCAAAGUUUUCCGUACCUACAACGCUUCAAUCACCCUGCAACAGCAGCUAAAGGCGCUCACAAACGCGGAUGAAAACGUUACGGCCAAGAUCUUGUCCUACAACAGGGCUAACAGGGCUGUGGCCAUCCUGUGUAACCAUCAGAGGGCUCCACCUAAGACCUUUGAGAAGUCCAUGCAGAACCUGCAGACUAAGAUUGAUGCAAAAAGGGACCAGCUCUCAGAUGCCAAGAGAGAACUGAAAAGCUCCAAGGCAGAUGCUAAAGUACGAAGAGAUGAAAGAUCCAAAAAGACUGUGGAGACUAAGAAGAAGGCCGUUGAGAGGCUAGAGGACCAGCUUAUGAAGCUGGAGGUGCAGGCAACUGAUCGUGAAGAGAACAAGCAAAUUGCACUUGGCACUUCCAAGCUUAACUAUCUGGACCCUCGCAUCUCUGUGGCUUGGUGUAAGAAGUGGGGCAUCCCUGUGGAGAAGAUCUACAACAAAACGCAGCGUGAGAAGUUUGCCUGGGCCAUCGAUAUGGCAGAGGAGGACUAUGAAUUUUAAAUCCCAAUUUGUGGUUUUAACUAUGAUACACCCAUUUUUAUUGGAUACUUGUUUUUUAGCUUAAGUCAAUUUUACUCGAUGGCCAGACCUGCCAGGAAUUUUAGAAAGUUUGAGAGGAAAACGGUGGCAACACGGUCAGAUAAAAAGAAGCCAUUUUGAAGUGGCAGGGGGGUUGUGGGUGGUCUUAAACAUCUGAUCUGAGAUCGGGCAUCAAGGCUGAACUAUACCCACAUCGAGGCAAAGUCCCUGUUAUCGGAAGACAAUUUUAACUUUGUCUCACUCCCUCCAAAAAAAAAUGCCUGAACUGAACUCUGUGGUCCUACAGCUACUGUAUUCAAACAAAAGAAAAAAAAAAUGCUUUUAUCAUUUUAUUUUUUCUUGUUCACUUUGCUCUGUAUUUUAGCCUCCCAUGUAUUAAUGAAUUCUAUAUUUUGAUAGACAAAGUUAAAUCAAAUUAAUUCUUAACACCCAUGCGCCUUUCGAGGAAACGGAAUAGUGAGCUUGAUGAGAUGUUUGUGUGUGUCUGACGCGUGCGUGUGUGUGUGCGUGAGAGAACCUUGGCCAACGAAAUGAUCUGUUUGGGUGAAUAUUUUAAACUGGACUUUGUUGAAUUGUUAAGCAUGAAAGAGGAUGUCGUGGCAGGUAAAAGGUGAAAAAAAUGCAACCAUGUGGAUUUUUACUUAAGCAAGCAGAAUGUGAAUAUUUUGUUUUACAGCCUCCAUCAGGGACUUCUAUCUUCAGUGUAAAUGUGAACCAUUCAUUUUGAGCUGCAAGCAUCCUCUCAAUCUCUUUGUUGCCCUCUCUUCAUCUGGUUUUUAACUUAAUUUAACAAUUGUUUUUAGAAAGAUCUCCCAUUGUUACUUGAAGAUAAUGCUAUGAUAAUGUAUUUAAAGUCAGUAAAAGGAAAGUGUUGCUUUCCAGAAGGGUAUGUGAGGGAUAUCCACUUUGCCAAAAAAUCACCAAUCUGUUACAAUAGAGGCAGUCUUUUUUAAUUAUGUAAAGGAUGAUAAAGAAAUGUAACAUUUAAUGUGAAUUCAGUUCAUCUAUUCCACUCUUGAAUAGCAAUUUGAUGUAAGUAGCUGUAAAGUCAACAUCUUAUUCUUGUUUUACCUUCCGUCAUAGCUUUGAUCAUGUUUUAUUUGAGUUUUAAGCUCAUUGUAGGUUGAAAAAUGAAUAAAAUCCUACAAGUUAA